AUGGCCGGCAAUGCAUCCCAUGAAAUUAGAACCGAGUCGAAUGGCCCUCUUGUGAAUGGCGUUGCCAUUGGCUUUGUUAUUGCUUCGGCCGCGGUCCUCUCUCUUCGACUCUAUACUCGCUUGGUUCUCCUCAAAACGGCCGGAAAGGAUGAUUGGACCAUGUUGAUUGCCAUGCUGUUUGCUCUUGUGGUUGGAGUAGGCACAGUCUUCGAAGUGAAAUAUGGUAUGGGUAGACAUGUUGAAAAUGUUUCAGCAGAGGAGACCAUGGAGCAAUUGAAGUAUCUUCUCAUCGUCAUUCUCCAUUAUAACAUGGGAAUGAACGUCGUCAAGGUUUCAUUCUUGCUCCAGUAUCGGCGUGUGUUUGUGUCGAAAGUAGUUCAGAGAGUCUGCUUCUGGGCAAUGGUAUACGUGGUGAUAUGGGCGUGCAUCCAGGCCACUCUCCUCGGGCUUUCUUGCCUGCCUAUUGCUAUUAUCGUGCCUAGCACCGCCGAACUUUGCCUCGAUACGCUACCUAUUUGGUACUUUUCAUCUGCUAUGAGUCUAGCGACGGACUUCAUGAUCUUCUGCAUUCCUUUGCCUUCCGUUCUCCGGCUCCAACUUCCAAAAAAGCAAAAGGCUAUGUUGUUUGGUAUCUUCUGUCUUGGCUUCUUCGUCUGCAUAAUCUCAGUCUAUCGCAUGUUCACCCUCCGCACAGCCGUCUCAAGCAACGACCCGCCAUGGGAGAAUAUCGGCGCCGCAAUCUGGUCCGCCAUCGAGCUCAAUACUUCCAUCAUAUGCGCCUCUCUGCCGACUAUCCGACCCCUUCUAUCCAAGUGGCUUCCCGGUGCGGGACUAUCAUCUGCCCAUAACAAAACCAGUGCGUACAAUCGAUACGGCUCCUCCUCAGGCAUGGGACGCGGAGCCUUCAAGGAGCUUGAGAGUGGACAACGAGAAGUCAGCACUGAAGAGCUCGUCCUCAAUGAUAUGAACGCCAGUCAGUCAAGCAGCAUGCCUUCGGUAUACGCACACGUCACAGCCGACCCAGAGAUGGGUCACAGGGAUCGAAGAAACAAGGGAAGUCAUCAAAACCGGAUCAUGGUGACCACCGAGACCAUGAUCAAGGAAGGUAGACAAUCUGAUACUAGCAGAAACGCUCAAAGUACCGGGAGCCAUUGA